AUGAGCGACGAAGAGGCCGAGGCAACGAGAUCUGAGCUGCGGUGGCCGUUCGGCUGCGAGGGGGAAGCUGGCGACGUGCUGACGCCCAAGGGCGAGACGUGCGCCAAGCUCAGUCGUCUGCUGGAGAAGGCGGAGGUGGCAGCGGGCGAGUUUUCCUUCGGAGGUGAGACCUCCUCGCUGCCUGCCAUCCCGGGGCUCGUUGUGGACGGCGUUGGGUCCAUUCCCGUGCCGCUGACAGAAGAGAGGAAAGAUAAAUUACUUGCACUAUUGCAGAUGAAAAACCCAAAAUGGGUGAAAGGAAUCCAAAAGUUGGGUGAAACUGUGGGUGACCGUCUGGGUUUUAAACGGAGUAAGCUCAACUGCGAGCUCCAGGAGCUGCUGGUGUACGGCCCAGGCGCUAGAGAGACCAGACACCAAGAGGCCAAGCAGGACGGGGUCGUGGCUACAUUGGAGGUGCAGCUGCCCUCGGAACACUCGGGCGGUACUUUGGUUAAAGAGACCGCAGCUUACUUGCCGCAUUACGCGGCGUAUUUCGUGGAUGCUCCUCAUGCUCGGGAGGAGGUGACGAGUGGGUUCCAGCUGAUGCUGAAGUACUCACUGUCGCUGCCUGCCGAGAUGAAACAUUUGGAGGACGCGAAGGGCGAUAAACCGCUGAGUGAAGAGCUCGCGGAAGUGCUGAAGGGGCUCGAUGAUGACGACGACUGCUUUGGAAUGCUGUUGGAGGGCAAAUACGCGGACAAGUUGAUUCGCUGUCGAGGAGCGGACGCGCUGAGUGAGAUGGACAAGACGAGGUACCGCGCGCUGCUGGAAGCGAACAGUUUGAUCCCAGAGGACAAGGCGCUGGUGUUUUACAUCGAGUGUCUUAAUCGCUCGGUAAAGCGCUACGACGGCCGGGUUGCGGCGCACAAGGAUCCUAAUUGGGAAGAAGAGUACGCGAGCUGGCAAAAAUACGACCGAAAGGACGAGGUCACGUGGUACUCUAUCGGCGGGGAAAAGUUCGGUAGCGCUCUGACCACCAUGUACACCAACUCUAUUCAGGGGCCAAAGGAGAAGGAUGCGGUCACCACUUUCAAGCCGACGUUUUUGAACCCUGGGAGACUUAAGUUGUCCCAGCUCUGGAAGAGCGACGGCUAUUCGAUUGACGGCGGCGGUGGCGAAGACCAGAUGAAGACGAUUGAACUGACUCGAUAUGCUGUGUUCGCGUGGCCUGCAAGCAAGAACAUCGACUAUUCGUUCAGAUUCGUGAACAAUGAAGCCGCAGCCGCUGCACUUCAUGCUCAAGAAGCCGUCGGUGCAGACACCUUACGACAAUUCAUGGAGAGGGCUAGCACAGAAGCCGCAGCGAAGGAGAAACUCCGUUCAAUGUGCAGGCGGUACAGUUACCGGGAUCCGAGUGCAGCUCCUUCGACUUUUUGUCAGAAGAUGGCCGACCUCAUCGUGAAGUCUGAUGAUGCUACUCUCGUGAGUUUAGUGUUCGAUAAAUUUGCCGUUGGAGAGAAGUUU